CCUGCACCUAGAACCCCGGUCCAAGCUUGCCUUGUUGCAUGCUGCGCCUUGAAGCUCCAGCAUCAUCCAGCCAACCUCCAACCAGCCGCCGCAACACCAUCGAACCUGUCGUCGUCGUCAGGAACAUCAACGAUUAAUACCACCCCCGAAACGACCAUCAUCGCCAUUCGAUCAAAAAAUUCCAUCUCCAAUUGAAACACCACCCUUACCUACCCUUCCAAAUCGCGCAGCACCAGCACCCCUCCUCCCCGUCAACGAAACCAAACAUUCACCAUGGCCAACGGAUGGAGCAUCUUCAUCGGCCUAGCCAUCAUUCUCGCAAUGUGCACCGCCGCCUGGGUCUUUGCCCCCAAGGGUGAGAACCAAGUCCUCUGGCGCUCCUCCCUCAUCCUCGCCUUCGUCAGCUGCUACCUCAUGUGGGCCAUCACCUUCCUCGCCCAGCUUCACCCCCUCAUCGAGCCGAGACGGUCCGACAUUCGCAAGGAGUUUGUCCACCAUUAGACCACAUAACCAAAAGCUACAACGAGAUGGCACAUACAAAACAGAUGCAAGCCUCAACACCAGGCUAAAACUAUAGGCGGCGAGCAAUAGGACGAUGAUGACGAAGAAGAAGAAGGGGGAGGUUAUUGGCAUUGUUGUACGAAUACCCACGGCACGGCAUUCAUAAACAGAUUCUUUUUUUGGGGCUGGCGUUUAUUUGUUUUCUUUUGCUUUUUGGGCGGCGGUUAUAGGACGAACCAGGGGGGACGGGAAUGAAUCAAGCAUUGAUAAUGGAGGCUUUUGGGAAGAAUGACGGCUGGAAUUUGUACAUUUCGCAAGCGGGCAAGCCCUUCGAAGGCUUAAUAUCAUGAACAUGGGGCACACGUCUUUCCCAUCAAUCCAUGUGAUAAAUACCCAAAAGUCAACGCUUUAUUACUUUUACCAAAAAAC